UUCAAAUCCAAUUCCACGUAAUAGUUUAGCUCCUGAUUAACUCUAGAUUAUCUCUAUAUCCUCUCUCCUCCGGUCUAGAAUCGGCGGGCUCUCAAUUGAUGCGUACAUGUGUAUAACUCUUCAGAAAUUGGAAUGCACUCUGUAUAUUUUAUGUUGAAGCAUUAGGGUUCGGAGUGUCUGAAUCUCACUCGAUCUGUGCGAAUUGAGAUUUGGAUGCGGAGGACGUCAACUUAUAGGGGUGAGGGUUUUUACAUUGCGAAGAGUAGGGUUCUUGGAUUCUCGCGGUACUUUUCCUAGUGGAGAUACUGUCGAUCUGUUGCGGCAUGGAUUCGUCACUUCCUUCUGCCUCAAUGGCGGUGUCUGGUAACCGAGAAGCUGCUGUUUCUUCAGCAGCCGCGCUGGCAACUGCAGAGGACGAGGUUUCCCCUCCCACUAUCUCAGGACUGACCAGAGAGGCAUCCCUUCUUUUCCAUACGGGACAAUAUAAGGACUGCAUUAGGGUUUUGAAUCAGCUCCUGCAGAAGAAAGAAGGCGAUCCGAAGGUUCUUCAUAACAUAGUCAUUGCAGAGAACUCUCAAGAUGGGUGUACGGAUCCCAAGAGACUCAUUGAAGAACUUGAAAAUUUUAAGAAUCGAAAGGAGCAGCUUGUAGGUGUAUCUGAGGACCGUGCUGAGGCUGCUACUGGGAAUUCUGGCUGUAAACAUGCUGGCGGGAUUAAGGGAAAUAAUAGCUCUAUUGACACCCUUAAUCAGGAUACUAACCUACGUAGCUCUCAAGCUGUUUUCACUGAUGAAUUGGACAUCUCUGUUAUGUUAUACAACCUAGCAGUUUGCUGGUUUCAUUUACAUGAAUAUACAAAAGCCUUCUCAAUUUUGGAUGAAUUGUUUCGGAAUAUACAACCAGUAGAUGAGGAUACUGCAAAACGUAUUUGUCUUUUGUUACUGGAUGUUGCACUGGUUUCCAAUAAUGCAAAAAGAGCUAUGGAUGUGAUUGGCUACCUGGAGAAGGUCUUUUGUAGCAGUAGUUUGAUUAAUCAAGCUACCAGAGGGAACUCUACACCACAACAUGGCUCAAACCUUCAGUCAAAACCUGUUUCAGGUUCCAGCAAUUCAACCAUUCCCAAUGCAAAACAUCAUCCUGAUCCAUUAGUUGCUCCAAAUAAUUCUGAGAGCUCCUUGACCAGAUCUCUAUCUGAGGAGGUUCUUGAAGAUGACACAUUACAUUUAAUAUCAUCAAUCGAGAUGGGUGGGCAGAACCCACCCCCAAGGCAACCUUCAAAAGAUCUUCCAAAGAGCCAAACUGAGGAGUCCAUUUCAACCACAAUGGAUAUGAAUGACAAGCUGAUGCUUUUCAAUGUCCGCUUUAAUCUCUUAACGAGGAACCUCAAGACUGCGAUGACCUGUGCUAAGAACGGUAUGGUCAAAGAAAACUCUUUGGCUCUCUAUCUGAAGUCGCAAGUUGAAUACGCCCUUGGGAAAUAUCCAAGAGCAAUUAGACAACUAGACGAUUCAAGGAAGCGGCGUGAGGAAGCCGGAAUAACGUGCAUGUACUACAACAACCUCGGUUGCAUCCAUUACCGACUCGGCAAACACCACACCUCUGGUGCACUUUUCAAUAUGGCCCUGAAAAGCUGUUCAUCUCUAUGGAAGGAGAAGCCUAAAAAGCUCUCUUCCAUCUCUCAGGACAAGACUGCCUUCAUAUCAUAUAACAUCGGCAUGCACUUUUUGACAUGUGGGAAGCCGGUUCUGGCAGCAUGGUAUUUUUACAAGUCUAGGUCUGUUUUCUACAAAAAGCCUCUUCUAUGGUUGCGUUUGGCAGAAUGUUGUCUGGUGGCACUUGAACAGGGACUCCUGAAGUCUUCUAGUACCUCUUGUUCUGAAAAAUCAGGAAUUGAAGUGCACGUAGUUGGAAAGGGAAAGUGGAGGCACCUUGUUAUUGGAAAUGACAAUUCCAUUGGUGGGGAGGAAUUGGAGGUCGGUGGCGGUCAACCUAAUCUCAGUAUGACUUUCGCCCGGGAGUGCCUUUCAAUGGCGUUGUAUUUUUUGAGAUGUUCUGAAUUGCCUAAAAAUGAGGAAAAUGAACCCAGAGAAACUAAGAAGAUAUCAAGUGUGGUAAACAGUGAGCCAAAAGAGAAAAAGGGUAGCGGGGGUGGUCAGAAUGCCUCCCAAGUUCAGAGCUCAUCCAUGUCAGAAUAUGAGAAUAUUUGUAGAGAAGAGAAUCAGAUGAUUGAGCAAGCUCUUCUUGCUGAUCUUUCUUAUGUGGAGCUUGAAUUGGAGAAUUCAUUAAAGGCUUUAUCGACAGCGAAAAAUCUACUAAAACAAUCUGUAUCAUCUAAGAUAUAUACCUUUUUGGGUAAUGUCUAUGCAGCUGAGGCUCUAUGCUUGCUUAGCCGCCCAAAGGAAGCCGCAGAACACUUGUAUGUUUAUCUUUCAGGGGACAAUGGGGUCCAGCACCCAUUUGAUCAAGAUGAUGUCGAAGCGUGGAGAGUGGAGAAGUCUGUCGACUCCAAGGAUCCUUCAACUUCUGGGAGUGUGACCGAAUUUAAGAGCUCUGUGUUCCUUAACCCAGAAGAGGCUCGAGGGGUUUUAUUUGCCAACUUGGCCACCAUGUCAGCAAUGCAAAGAGAUCUAGAGCGGGCCCGAGAAUACGUGAUGGCUGCACUGGCUAUCAUGCCCCACAACAGCAAAGUGAAUCUCAUUGCGAUAUAUGUCGAUCUUUUGGGUGGAAAGACAGAAGAGGCCCUCAACAAAUUGAGACAGUGUAGGUCGGUUAGAUUUGUGCAGGAGGGCCUUCCUGGAAACAGUUCAUCUUUAUGAUUGAUUGUAUUGUUUUGGAGCCUGUCUGCCGAGGUAGUGUCCAGCAAUCAUCAAUCCCUCCUUAUACAGGUGAAUAGGUGAUUUGUACCAUAUAUAGUUUCAUCAUUCCUAUGAAUAAGUUUUUUCAUUUGUUUUUUUUUUGAAAAUUUUUCUUUUCAGUUGUAGACUUGUAGGUUUAUUUGUGGUGGGGAUGAGGAUGGGGGAAGAGAUUAUUUUUGGCUAUCACAGAUGCCCUAUAAGAACAGAUUUAAAAUGUAGCUUUAUAUUUAGAGAACUGUGUUUUUGUAGUCUAAUUUUUUAGAUUUAUGUGUUGCCACCAGAGGUUGUCCAGGGCUAUAGACUGAGUUGUUUUCCUCUCUUUCAAGAUGGAAUUUUAAAGAAAUUUUUCAUCGUUUAUAUGUCAACAUUUUCAGUUGAAUCAUCAUGAUUUUGAUCUCAG